CUCCAAUCUCUAUCUACUCUCGGCUUGCAAUAUAUGGCGAGCGGCCUGGGGGAAAACGCCUCGAUGGCGGGGCGGAAGGAGACUGCCUCGGAGAUGAAGACGGAUAAGAAUCCCUAUCCCUUGCAUAUGGACGUUGACGACGAAGAAGAUGAGGAUGCUUUGGCGCAGUUGUUUCUUGAUAAUGGCGAUGACGAGGAGAGGUGUGCAGCUGAUCUGUUUGGGAACUGUGGGGUGAUCUCGGUGCUAUUUGAGACGCCCUCUGGCUUUACACCCUAUGGCUUUGCAAUCUUCGAUUAUGAUGCGGUCAAGCUCACUGAACCAGAUGCCUGGCAGCAUAUCUGGGCAGAUUUCGUCAAUGUGCAAUACGCAGUUAUUUGGGCGAAAGCCUUCAAAACUUUUGAGUACAAACGCUACGCCAUUAAUAAGAAUUCUGUUAGUCCAGAUCUUAGUUCGAUGAUCCAGAAGCAUGUUGUCAAUGGGCAAACACUAGCUGUUGGAAAUGAGGAUUACAAAAAUGUCAUUCAGGAUAGAUUGAGAAUACCCUGCGUGUACAGUCGUGUUGUCAAGGAGUUGAUGUGGGGCUUGAUGAUUCAGAUCCAGCAUUUUCUGCCUGUGAUAAAUUCUCAGAUGAUUAAUGAGGAUCGCUUCCCGAUGAGUGAGGGGAUGAUAUUUCUCCUGGAGCACCAUAACUUUGACAUCAAUCCACAUAUGAUGGUUACUAAACGUAUUAUUGAGAUGGCAGGCAUCUUGUAUGAGUGUGAUCGUUGUGUGAAAAAAUAUGAUACCUUCUUGCGCUUAGCUGCUCAGCACCUUAUGAAAAUAUCUCGCAUUAACACUUCUCAUUGGGAUUUAAUGAAACUUGCGACCGCAUUCAAGAUGAUAUGUGACCCUGAAGAUGAAAUUUCAGAUGCCAGACGGCUGUUCUCAGAACAACUGUUGAAGAGGUUGGCGAGGGAUGCACCUCGAUAUCAAGAUAAAAUCUUGAAGGAUCCUUACUCUGAAGUUUAUAAAGAAAUGUUCUCUGCACGAAAAAUGAGGCUUGAGGCGGGUAGAGUGUUGGUCAGUUUGCUUAAGCGGGCCAAAAAAGCAUAUGAUGAUGAACAGGCAGGCAAAGCUGCAAGUGACCAUGAAAUUGGUCCUGACAGGAAGAAGAUUUGUCGUGGUUUCGUCCCUGUCAUGAUUGAUGAACUUACAGAGUGGCAUACCGUGCUUUCAGAAAAAACGUAAAGAAAUACAGGUACACUUAAUGCUCCAUAGGGGCACACACUCAGAUCUACAGGCACCCACUUAACAUGACGAACAUAUCAGGCAUCUUAUCUAUGGACAUCCAUCCUUCGAAGGUUUCUGUGUUACUACACCUUGCUUUGUAUAUUCUACUAGCAAAAGUGCCCGGGCGUUGCAUCGGGAGAAAUAAACACUCAAAUGCAUCAUGAUAUGAUCAGUGAUGGCACU